CGGAUCACAUAAAUGCAGUGGAUGUUUUAUAGGACAGUUUGUAACAUUGUGAAGUGAAGUGAUGACACAGUCUAGUCAGACAACGUCACAAAUGAAGCGACGUAAACACCGAACAUUUACCAAUAAAAGCUCGGCAGUUCAGUGAAAUUGUGAAAAAUGUAUGCAAUGUUGAUUUGGACAUUAUUUACAUCAUGUAUAACGAUCGUAUCCACACAAUUGCCGUUGGGGUUCAAUCUGCCACCUAUCAUCCACGUCGACCGCAACUGGUAUGUGGCGUCCACAGACCCCAUCGGCUCGGUUGUGACCAGGGUGCACAGGGAGAAGACAGGAAACCACAAUACUACCUUCGGGUUGGAGAGCUCAGGUGCACCGGCACCAUUUGCUAUCAACCCUCAAACUGGAGUUGUGACGAUUAACGAUACACUUAUCGAUAAGGAAAAUCGUUCAUACUCCCUUUGGGUGACAGCAGCAGAUGAUGGCUCCAUACCACAGAAGACAGAAGUGUUAGCAACAGUGACCGAUCCCUCCGGACGUAGACCCAAUUCACCACACCCGCCACCAUUCCCUGCAUUAUCACCCAACUAUCCCGCACCACCGUUCCACCACACCACCAUACCACUCCAACCAAAGUUUACAAGAAUACCACAGAGCACCACCAAAGCAACUGAAAAGUUUAUCGACGAUGUCACAGUACCUGAUACAACAUUAGUCACAACUCUUAGUCCACUUAGAACCACAUACGAUACUCCUACCGAGAGUAAUAUAGAUCUAUCAAAGAAUAACAGCAUUGCUGAUUCUUCAGCUGAUGAACCAUCUCCCAAUAAUGAUAUUACAUUAACAGUUAUACCGUUUAUUGCGAUAGUUUGCUUGGUGAUAAUUGUGGCUGUGGUCAUAUUCUUUAUAAGAAAGAGAAAUAGUUCAAACAAAUCAUCUGGAAAGAAGGACGACAUGUGCAAGGACGCAAGUGGUAUUGUCCUACAAGAUUCGUCUGUAAACUUGUGGAAUCGUCCUCGAACUUACUCCAACCGUUACGAGUCCUGGGACAACAAUCAUUUGCAGCUUUCGGAAGAGACGACCAUUACGAAAGAAGAACCUCCUGAUGAAUGGGAAUUUCCUCGACACCGAUUGAGGAUUUUCAAUAUAGUUGGAGAGGGUGCGUUCGGGCAGGUCUGGCGAGCCCAAGCCAUCGAUAUUGAUGGCAAGAAAGGGGAACAAACAGUAGCAGUGAAGACACUAAAAGAGAAUGCAUCGGAAAAAGAAAAGACUGACUUAUUGCAGGAGUUACUUGUGAUGAAGAACUUAGGCCCCCAUCCUAAUGUGGUACGGCUUAUCGGUUGCUGUACUGAGAAGGAACCAACAUUUGUGAUCAUGGAGUUUGUUAGUCUUGGCAAAUUGCAACAGUUCCUUCGCGAUUCAAGAGCCGAAAGACAUUAUGGAAAUACCCAUGGUGGAAGUCAAUUCCUUACGUCAAGAGAUCUGACUCACUUCGCAUUCCAAGUGGCAAGAGGGAUGGAUUUCCUUAGUUCUAAAGGGAUAAUCCACAGAGAUUUAGCAGCAAGAAAUGUGCUUAUCACAGAAGAGAGGACGUGCAAAGUAGCUGACUUUGGCUUCGCGAGAGACAUAGCGGGAACGCACGUGUAUGAAAGGAAAAGCGAUGGCCGGUUGCCUAUCAGAUGGAUGGCGCCUGAAUCGCUCUACGAUGACAUCUUCAGCGUGAAGUCAGAUAUAUGGAGUUUUGGUGUGCUGCUGUGGGAGAUUGUGACUCUCGGGUCCACUCCGUAUCCAGGAUUAUCAGCUGGAGAUGUGAUGCGGAAGGUCCGUGAUGGGUAUCGUCUAGAAAAGCCAGAACACUGUCGGAGGGAGCUUUACAACAUCAUGUACUACUGUUGGGAGGCGGAACCACCAGCUAGGCCAGAUUUCAAGGAAGUGGUCACUAUGCUAGAACGACUAUUGUGUACUGAAAUGGAUUAUAUUGAACUUGAAAGAUUCCCAGAUCAUUCCUAUUAUAACGUCCAAGAAUUGGACGGUGAGAAAUUAUAACGUAAAUAAA